UCACUAAGUCAGUCAGUCACUAAGGCUCACACUCUUGGCCACACAGUUUUCCUCUCUGCCCGGCUGUGGGCCGGGGAGAGAAAGAGAGGCCGAGAGGAAGAGAGGGAAAACUUUCCGGUCACCUCCCACUCAAUCCUUCUCUCUCUCUCUCUCUCUCUCUCUCCCAGGCCCCUCGUCUUGCGGCUGUCCAGCGACCAUCCUUAUUGAUUUGGCAGUUAAGGGGCCAGGGGUCGGAGAAAGGAGGAGAGACACUUGCUCCCUUGAAGAGAAAGAGACCUUUUCUGGUCUUUCUAGUCUGACAAUGGGACUCCAGCGUGAACACAACAAACCACAAAGCAGCAGCAGCAGCAACAGCAGCGGCAGAUACACGGGCCCGGCUAGCACCUGCCAGAGGACUGUCUUUGGCAACAUUAAGGUGUUUGUGCUCUGCCAUGGACUCCUGCAGCUGUGCCAGCUCCUCUACAGCUCCUACUUCAAAAGCAGCCUCACCACCAUCGAGAAGCGUUUUGGCCUCUCCAGCUUCUCCUCGGGCUUCAUCUCCAGUCUGAAUGAGGUCAGCAAUGCCAUCCUCAUCAUCUUUGUCAGCUAUUUUGGCAGCCGGGUCCACCGGCCACGAAUCAUCGGCAUCGGGGGCCUCUUGCUGGCAGCUGGCGCCUUCUUCCUGUCCCUGCCGCACUUCCUGUCUGAGCCGUACCGCUACUCGGAGAACAAUCUCGGGGGAAAUAACAAUGAUUCCCAGUCAGACCUCUGCCUGAAGGAGAGGCAGAAUUUGUUUUCCACUAAGUGCCAGAAGACCACCCAGGACCCUCGGAAGGAAACCAGUAGCAUGUGGGGCAUGAUGGUGGUGGCCCAGCUGCUGGCGGGAAUCGGGACUGUCCCCAUCCAGCCCUUUGGGAUCUCUUACGUGGACGACUUCGCUGAGCCGAACAACUCGCCCCUCUACAUUGCAAUCGUUUUUGCGAUCGCCGUGUUCGGACCAUCCUUUGGCUACCUGCUCGGGUCAGUUGUGCUGAAGAUCUUUGUGGACUUUGGGCGGAUCGACAUGGCCUCCGUGGGCUUGGACAGACGUGAUCCCCGCUGGAUUGGGGCCUGGUGGCUGGGCCUGCUCAUCUCCUCGGCCUGCUUGGUCGUGACAUCUUUCCCCUUCUUUUUCUUCCCUCGACACAUGAAAAGAGCAGAGAAGGCCAGCAACGACUCUGAGUCCCAUGUGCUGAGGAAGAUGGAGGAAGUAAAGUCAGAAGGCUCCAUGGCAGAUUUCAUUAAAAGAUUUCCCCGGAUCUUCUUGAACCUGAUGACCAACCCCCUCUUCGUCCUGGUGGUCUUGUCACAGUGCAGCUUCUCCUCGGUCAUCUCCGGCCUGGCGACCUUCCUCAACAAAUUCCUGGAGAAGCAGUACGGCACCACCGCUUCCUAUGCCAACUUCCUCAUCGGUGCGGUGAACCUUCCCGCGGCAGCCUUGGGGAUGCUGCUCGGGGGCAUCCUCAUGAAGCGCUGCGUCUUCUCGCUGCAGACCAUCCCCCGGGUGGCCGCCACAGCGGUCAUCUUCUCCAUCUUCCUCUGCAUCCCCUUGUUCUUCAUGGGCUGCUCCACCCCGACCAUCUCCGGGAUUUACCCCGUCAGGACAUCAAGUUCCUUAAACCAGUCAACGGCCUGGUGCCUUGCAAACUGUUCAUGCCCGGACUCAAUGUUCCACCCCGUGUGUGGCAGCGACGGCAUAGAGUACAUCUCCCCGUGCCACGCAGGCUGCACCGCCACCUCAAACGCCAGCUUGCCCCGGGAAAAGGGCGGUGGGAAAUCCAAGGACUUCUUGAAUUGUUCCUGUAUUAUGACGGGAGACUCUUCAGCAAAGACGGGAUCCUGUCCAGUUUCUUGCUCCCAUUACCUUCUUCCCACCAUCUUCCUCAUCUCCUUUGCCUCGCUCAUCGCAUGCAUUUCCCACAAUCCCCUCUACAUGAUGGUCUUGAGGGUGGUCAACCAGGAUGAAAAGUCAUUUGCUAUUGGAGUUCAGUUCUUAUUGAUGAGGUUGUUGGCCUGGCUGCCUUCUCCCGCCUUGUAUGGCCUCAUCAUCGACUCCUCAUGCAUCCACUGGAGGCAGCUCUGCGGGGGGAAGCGGGGGGCCUGUGCAUACUACGACAGCGACUCCCUCCGGAACAGAUACCUGGGCCUGCAGCUGGGUUACAAGAUUCUUGGAGUGCUGAUGCUCCUCCUCAUCAGCUGGAGGGUGAAGAAGAACCAAGAAUAUAAUGUGCAAGAGAAGGCUGCGGGUCUGGUCUAAGGUCCCUCCCCCCUCCUCUGGGAGACUCAGACACUACCCUGCCUCUCCUAGCCCCCCCAGCCUGUAUUUACUAAUGUAAAUGUAGAGUUCUCCUUUAGGUUUUUUUAUUAAGAGGUUGAAAUCUCCCUCUCCCCUCCUCUCUCCAGCCCCUCAGCCUUCCUCCUCCUCCUGGCCAGCUCUGAAUUCCCGGAGGCAUUCCGUUCUGGAGAGCAGCUCAGCGGCCGGGGUACCCCGGCUUCUUCCGGAGGAGGAGCGAGAGCAAUGACCCGCUGGAGCCUGGGUUCUAAUCCCGGCUCCACUACGUAACUGCUGUGUGACCUUGGGCAAGUCACUUAACUUCUCU